AUGCGCGUCGGUGGCCGGUUGCGUCAUGCCCCAAUGAGCUACGAUCAACGUCAUCCAAUGAUCCUGCCGGAAAAACACCCCCUAACAAAUCUGAUAAUGAUUUACUAUCAUCAAAAACUGCUUCACGCUGGUCCACAGUUAAUGAUUGCCGUGGUUCGCGAACGAUUUUGGCCACUUCGCAUUAAAUCUAUCGCCCGCAGGGUUGUUCACUCUUGUAUCAGUUGUUUUCGCUGUAAGCCAAAGGUCCUGGAACAACUCAUGGGUGAAUUACCUCCAGAACGUGUUACUCCAACUUUUCCAUUCCUGCGUACCGGAGUAGAUUACUGUGGUCCUUUCUACUAUCGAGUAACCAAGCGAAGUGCAGCUAUCAAGUGCUAUGUAGCGGUAUUUGUGUACCUAGUGACGAAGGCACUCCAUCUCGAAUGUGUCACCGAUCUCACUUCUGAUGCUUUCAUUGCCGCUCUUAAGCGCUUCACCUCUCGGAAAGGCAUACCGGAACUUAUCGAAUGCGAUAAUGGGCUUAAUUUUCAGGGAGCUCAAAUAGAACUUGAAGAGCUCGCUCGCCUAUUUCGAUCGCAGCAACAUCAGAAUUUUGUAAUUCGCAGCUUCCGCAGCAUACCGCCACGGUCCCCGAACUUCGGUGGGCUCUGGAAAGCAGCAGUAAAAUCUAUGAAGAAGCAUCUACGCUGCACCAUAGGAAAUGUAGUUCUCUACCACGAUGCAUUUUUAACCUUGCUCACCCAAAUUGAGUCGUGUCUUAAUUCUCGUCCAUUGACACUGCUAUGUUCAGAUCCUAAUGAUGUCGAAGUUCACACUCCUGGGCAUUUUUUAAUCCAUCGCUCACUGAAAGCCAUCCCGGAACCUAGUACAGAAGAUAUCCCAUUUAAUCGUCUGAGCCGCUGGCAACAAACUCCAGAGUACGUACGUAAAAUCUGGAAGCAGUGGCAGUCUGAAUAUUUGUCAGGAUUACAACCUCGCACUCGUUGGACUAUGGAGCGCGACAAUAUCAAGAUCGGAACAAUGGUUCUGAUAAAAGAAGAUAACCAACCCCCAUUAAAAUGGAAAUAUGGGCGAAUCACGGCUAUUUUCAAGGGAAGUGACCACCACAUUCGCGUCGUAACCGUACGAACGGCACAAGGAGAAUACAGACGAUCUAUCAGCAAAAUAUGUGUGCUACCGAUCCAACAGUCCGAUUCACCUGUCCGAGAGGAUAAACAUCAAGGAGGAAAGUAG